CACAACUUUCUCCCAUGCACUUGUCUUCUUCACCUCCAACACUUGUUCCUUAGUGUUUUUUUUUCCUUCUAAUCUUCUUCAUAUGGUUCCCUUCUCUCUUUGUCCAUAACUUGUCUCUCAAAUAGUUAUCAUCCUCUUCUCUUUUUAAACUCCCCACAACACACACACACACAUUCAUUCAAACAACAUAUUCUAUCUAUUGACACCUUAAUUAACACAAAUUCUUGCCUUCUUAACACAGUAUAAUGUCAAAUCGAAGAACACGCGGUUCGAGACAAUCAUCAGGAGCUUCUAGAAUAAGUGAUGAUCAAAUUGCUGAUCUCGUAUCAAAGUUACAAUUACUUAUCCCUGAAAGCCGGAGCACUAGGAGUUCCGAUAAGGUUGAAGCUUCCAAAGUGUUGCAAGAGAUAUGUAAUUACAUAAGAAGUCUACACAGAGAAGUGGAAGACUUGAGUGAUAGAUUAUCAGUGCUUUUGGAAUCUACUGAAAGUGACAGUGCUCAAGCUGCUAUUAUUAGAAGCCUAUUUAUGUGAAAAUUGUUGCCAUUAUUAGAAGCUUACUAAUUAUGUAACAAUAAUUUCUAUUUACUAGGUUUUAUUAUAAUUUGUAUUAAUUAUCAUCUUGUUAUUAGUUUUCUUCUUCUAAGAUGCAUUAGUACUUAUAGUUAAUUAUAAUUAAGGGAAUUAGAUGUCAUAUUGAGAAAUUUACUAAAUAUUAUAAGUUGACUGAAUUCAAUUAUUAUUUAUAUAGUCCUCUUUAUCUGAAA